AUUAGUCCUCUAAGAGCAACAGGCAUGUCACCAUCAACUACACAAGGCUUUUCCAACAUACUAAUAGGUUUAAGUCUUCCAUUAUGUUGCCUCCUGAAGCUCAAAUACUGUGCAUUGCCUUGGCAGUAUUGUUUAAAGUUGCUGAGUAGCUCAGAAACCUCUAUUAAAAUUGUGCCCACGGGUCUAGUGAUACUUGGCAUUUUUUUGCAGUGGUAAAUUAUCAUAAUUUUUUAAAUACAAAAUAUUGUUUAUGAAUACUUCCAUUUUUGUAAAUAAGUGCUUGGAAUAAUUUUUAGAAAUUUUAAGAUAUUUUGUAAUUUUAGUACAAAUUUCAACUUUUUUAGGCCCCUGUUGAAAGAGUAGCGACUCUGUAGUAUGUUUUCCAAGUUAUGUAAUUCCACUGGAUGAGUGAAUAUUUAAUAGUCUGCUGUUGCCAUUAUUUAAAAUGUUCGAAACCUUGGGAAAUUCCAUUCCCCCCUUCUCGACUUAUGCCGCUCGUAGUUUGCCAUUUGCAUAUCGCUAUGGUUUAUAUUAGUUUUAUUAAUUCUGUUACGGGAGGACAACUAUGUGUAUGUACUACUACACAACAGUUAUUAUAACCUCGAUAUACAGUCGUAUUUGAGACUGCGGAUGGAGGAACAGGCUCCAGUUUUCGAGGUUAGCUGCGAAUAUAUUGAAUAUGCAGUCGUGGACAGCCUACGAGGGGUGGUCCUCCAGCUCGGGGGUUGGGCGUGAGGCUAACAACCAUUCACCGUAAAAAAAACAGCAUUGUUACGAAAAAACAUAACCUAAAAGCCUCGAAACCGGACGGACUCUUUGGUAUGACCAUGGCAGGAUUUUGUUAGCCAAGGACAGGGUCCGGUGGAGGGCUUUGGUUAUUUGGUGAUGAACCUUCGGGUUCCAUAAGCCAUCUAGUUAUGGUUUAUAUUAGGCUCGGCAGAUGGCGGAUGUUACAAAAAAAAAAUGGGAUGGCCUUGAGAUAUGUCGUGAGGUCGGGAAUGCUGCUCAUUUUAUAAACAUAGUUGUUUAAAUCGGAUAUGAACGCUGAACGUCAAUGCUGUAGACAUUAUAAUUAGCGUGUAUCACUUGUGUCUGCUGUUUUAUCACGUUGAAAGUGUGAUUUCCUUAUUGACUGAUGAAAACCACAAGAGCAAAUGUCCAGCUCACCAUCACAACAGAAAUUUCUGGCUGCAGGAAUUUAAUCAAGGAAGACUUACAUCAAAAGUUUCUGAUUAUGGAUCUGAAUGUGUUGAAAACUUAGGAGAACACAUACUGUAAUCUGAGCAAUUAUCAUGGUCAUGCUGUUGUCAUAAGUGAACUUAUGGCAUACAUGCACAUGUAAAAAGCAUUACUAUAAUGAGUCCAGUGGCAAGUCCUACAAUUGGAACCCAGUUUGGAGGGCUGACAUUUUUUGCUCAGAGCCAUCCUGGUGAACUGUGUGGCAGCAAUGGUCUACCUUUGACACCUAACUCUAUCACCAUAUUUGGUCAGGCACAGUUCCUGAAAACCAUCAGUCAUCCAUAUCUCUGCUCCUACUUGGACAUCAUCAGAGGAAAACAUGAGCGCACUAUGGUGGUGUCUGAAUAUCAUCCCCAGCUAGUAAACUCCAGAACACUGUCUUUAGAUGAAGUAAUCAGUAUAUCUGAAUAUCUUCCCCAGCUAGUAAACUCAAGACCACUGUCUUUAGAUGAAGUAAUCAGUAUUGCAUCUCAGACACUACAAGCAUUAAACUACCUUAAUGAACUUGGAAUUGUACAUCGCAGUCUGUGUCCAGAGAACAUAGUACUGACAGAUCGUGGACAUAUCCAACUUUUCAACUAUGGUUUAUAUUAUAUGACUAAUGGAGGAAUGGAUGUCUCAUUUCCUAUUGGGCAUCCAAAAUACCUUGCCCCAGAGGUGUAUCUUGGUGGUCGUGGUGCUAAGUCUGGUUCGAAGGUUGAUGUGUGGUCCCUAGGCAUGAUUAUUCUGGAACUGGCACUUGGAAAACAGCUGUGGAGUGACCUCAAGUUAGCACAGUGCAUGCGUAAGGUGCUAAGCCUAUUACACAUCAAGGUGUCAGUGUUGGAACGCCUGGCUAGAGAACAUGGCUGCUGGGAAGAUUGUCAGGAGUUUCCAGCUGAACUUCAUGAUUUCAUUAGCAAGUGUCUGAGUGUUUCACCUUGUGAACGUCCCACACCACGGCAACUGCUGCGGCAUCCUCUGUUUCAAGAUGUGUCUCAAGUAGAUGUAAACAAACAUUCCAAAGAAGAAAUGCAGUAUCAAGUGUUCCCAGGUUUCCAGUCUCAUCGUAUUCCAGUCUAUCAGAAUGUGAAGCAUCCACUGCUUGAACGCAGCUUACAAGAACUUUAUUACCUCUGGCAUCUUGCUGGUGGGGAUGUGCAGGCAGAACUCAAGAAGCAGGGACUGAUCCGAACAAAGGCACCUAUACUGUCCAUACCAAACUUGGUUUUAUUGGAAGGAACAGUAUUUGGGCAAGUGAGAGACCAAACUUCCAUGCUGGAUUUACGAGUUGUGCCUCUUCCAUUGGAUACGCUAUAUCAGAGAUUAGUUCAUGUACCUCUCACAAGUUAUUACCCCCUUGUGGAGAUUAAAUCAGAAAUCAUAUCAAAAGAAGAUGGUGAGCAACUGGAAGCCGCAUCUCUCCCAUUAAUCAUUCGAGAGCGUGACACAGAGUAUCAGUUCCAUAGAAUUGUUCUUUAUGAUAGACUUAUUAAGGGUUAUCCUUAUAAAAAGGCAGCAAUUCUUAAAGAAGCUCACAAGGAUAUACCACCGUUGUAUCGUGGACAUAUAUGGGCAGCCUUGCUGGAAGUUGAUGGUGAUGUGGAUGGGUAUUAUGUGGCAGUGGAUAAGGAAACCCCCACUCAUACCGACAGACAGAUUGAAGUGGACAUCCCACGCUGUCACCAGUAUGACGAACUGCUCUCUUCUUGUGAGGGACACCGGAAGUUUAGACGUGUACUUAAAGCUUGGGUGGUAAGUCACCCCCAGUAUGUGUACUGGCAAGGACUUGACUCCCUGUGUGCACCCUUUUUGUACCUUAAUUUUAACAAUGAAGCGCAAGCAUUUGCAUGCCUCUCAGCUUUCAUUCCAAAGUACCUACAUAACUUCUUCCUGAAGGAUAAUACAGCAGUGAUACAGGAAUACCUGGCCAAGUUCUCUCAUUUGAUAGCAUUCCAUGAUCCAGCACUAGAAAAUCACUUGGUUGGAAUUAACUUUAUACCAGAACUAUUUGCUAUUCCCUGGUUUCUCACCAUGUUCUCACAUGUAUUCCCAUUGCAUAAAAUUUUUCAUCUUUGGGACAAACUUCUUCUUGGAGAUGCUUCAUUCCCACUCUAUAUUGGGUUGGCAAUCUUGCAGCAACUCAGAGACACAUUACUAGAAUCUGGAUUUAAUGAAUGUAUCCUCCUCUUUUCUGAUUUACCAGAGAUUGACAUGGAACGAUGUGUAACAGACUCCAUUGAACUGUACUGCAGCACCCCACGCAGCGUUACAUAUCGGCAACAUGAACUGCAGCCUGACGCAUCAGCUGAUAAUGAAAUAAACACAGAGCUGGUAAUGAGUCCUUUGCCAGUAGCUGAGCUACAGUCUGAAUUGUGUCCUCGCAUUAGUGGUGCUGACCUGCUAGAACUCUUACAAAAGAAGAAGUCCAAAGUAGUCACUGUGGACAUACGUGCUGUGGAAGAAUACAGCCGUGGUACUGUGGCAGGAAGCAUCCACAUUCCUUGGUCUUCUGCAUCGGUCCCUGAAUUGAGUACACUUCAGGCCAGCAAAGGACGCAUAAUUGUGAUUUUGGGGGCUCAUGCAUUGCAUUCAGCACAGUUUGGUAAGCACUUGGUGCAAAAUGGUUUUGCACGAGUAUGUUGCCUUCAUCGGGGAAUUCAAGUCCUGCGCUCAACAGACGUCCUCAUAGUACCUGGAGCCAUGUGACAUGAUAGUGGUGGGAAUGUGGUAGCCUGCAGUGCAGUUGAUCAUUCUACUGCCCCAUACAUGAGUCCAGUGUACAGGAGACCAUUUUAAACAUUUGGUGACAAUUAUUUUCAUUACAAUCUGGCAGCUGUAAUAUUGCAGUAUCGUGAAUGAAGACAUCAGAAUUUAGUCUAUAUUUUCUGAGUUGUAAAAUGUUGGUUUUCAGUGUGACCCUGAUUUGGUACUGUAAUUCUGAGUUAUAAUUAUUCUGUGCAUUUAAUAUCAAUUAUAUAUGUAUGUAUACUAAGAUUGAAACUAUCAAAGGAUUAUAAUUUUAUUGAAAAGUUAAAACAAUUCUCAACAUACUGUAUACAUUUUAUUUUAAGUUAUUACUAAACUAGAGAAAAGUAUGAAAUAUACAUGCUCUUUAAAGAGCUAGUCUUGCAGGCACAAACUGUAUACAGUAUGUUUGGUUAUGUCAAACAUGGUACAGACUGUAUGCUUAGUGUAAUAGUUCUGUCUGUUUUGCCAGAAUUUGAGCCUUGAAGUUUGUAAUUGGUCCUCUGUGACAUGAAAGUUGUCUAGGAUCAAUAACCUUACAUUUUAUCACUAUCAUUAAAAUAGUCUCUCUAUUUAGACUUA